GUUUCACCUGAUUACAGCCUUUGCUGCUCUCAUUCUUCCUGCAAUCUUCUUCUUCCUCUUCAAUGAAGGGAAGAAGAAAUCCCAAAAUAGCAAAUUAAUGAAACGGCUUCCACCCGGCCCCCGAAAACUUCCUAUAAUCGGAAACCUUCACCAGAUGAGCAACCCUCCCUUCCGCUGCUUCAGAGACCUCUCCAACAAACACGGCCCCCUGAUGCACCUCAAGCUCGGCGAGUGCAACGCCAUCGUCGUCUCGUCUCCAGAUAUCGCGAAACAAAUGCUGAAAGAUCUCGACCCUAGCUUCGCCAGCCGGCCACAGAACGUGGCCGCGGAGAUCAUGUGGUACAACAGCAGCAACAUCGUCUUCUGCCCCUACGGAGACUACUGGCGCCAGAUGCGGAAGCUCUGCAUCAUCGACCUUCUCAGCCCCAAAAUGGUGCGCUUGUACCAAUCCAUCCGGCUAGACGAGUCAAACCAAUUGGUCAAUUCCUUGCGCGAAUCUUCUGGAAGCUCCGUGAAUCUGACGGAGAAGAUCUUCUCCUUGUCGAGCUCUAUCACUUUCCGUGCGUCCUUCGGCGGCGUUUGCAAAGAUAACAAAACGCUGAUGAAGAUGAUGUCGGACUCGCUGCAGAUGGCGACGGGGUUGGAGAUCGUGGAUAUGUUCCCGUCGUCGAGGAUCGCCGCCGCGCUGAGCUGGGGGAAGCUGCGCCGCAUAAGGACGAUGCGGCGCAAGCUCGAUGUGAUCUUGGAUGAUAUUAUCGACCGGCAUAGGAGAAAUCGAGGCGGGAAUUCGGAGUUUGGGGGUGAGGAUUUGGUGGAUGUGUUUCUUAGGGCUAAGGAAGAAGAGGAGCUCAAGUUCCCAAUUGACAACCACAACAUCAAGGCUGUAUUAUAUGAUAUGUUCACAGCUGGAAGUGAUGCUGCAGCGGUAGCUACUGACUGGGCCAUGGUAGAACUACUAAGGCACCCUCGAGUGAUGGCCAAGGCACAAGCUGAAGUACGACAAGCCUUGAAAGAAAACCCCGGGUUAGAACAAAACAACGUCGCUUAUAAUAUGAAAUAUCUAAAACUUGUGAUCAAGGAGAUUCUGAGGCUGCACCCACCUGGUCCGAUGCUACCUAGAACUAGCAACAAGGAACACAUGAUCAACGGAUACACCAUACCUGCUAGAGCGAUGGUGUUCGUAAACAAUUGGGCCAUGCAGAGGGACCCCAAGUAUUGGAACGAUCCGGAGAAGUUUGUGCCUGAGAGAUUCGAGGAUCAAAGUGUGGAUUUUGUAGGUGGUGAUUUAGAGUUUUUGCCAUUUGGAACUGGAAAAAGAAGGUGUCCCGGGAUGACAUUCGGCUUGGCUAUUGUGGAAUCGGCUCUAGUCCAGUUGCUCUACAACUUCGAUUGGAAGCUUCCAGAAAGUGUCAGGGCUGAGGAUUUGGACAUGACUGAAAUUUUUGGGCUAGUAGCUGCAAGAAAACAAAAAUUAUUUGUGGUUGCCACUCCGUAUGAAUCAUGAUUUGGAGCUUCAUGUAAUAAAGAGACCUUUCCAUCUUCUGAAUAAUGCACACCAACUGGUCCGUACUAUCCUCAAAAAAACUGAUGGAGAUGUUGUAUCCGUAUUCUGCUUAUUUGGUUUUUAUGUGUGUAUACGUAAUUGACAUUACAAUUCCACAAUUGGUCAAUUACAUAGUGUUUGUACUUUUAAAUAAUAUUGUAAUCUUAAUAAAGGGUGCAAUUGAAUUGAGUCCAA